AUGAAGACGGCUCUGCUGCUCUGCCUGCUCACCGCGGUGGACCAGCGCCAGAGCACGGCGCACCAUCACUCCGCGCCGCCGCCACCGCCGCCGCCGCGCACUGACUGCCACCAUCAGUACUGGCUGUACCAGCCGGGGUCUUCUGUUGGUGGCUUCCAGUACCCUCAUUCGGGGCACCAUGGCUACGGCUACCCCUACGCACCCGGCUAUCAGCAGCCCGGCUAUCAACAGCCAGGGUAUCAACAGCCUGGCUAUCAACAGCCUGGUUAUCAGCAGCCCGGCUAUCAGCACCCCAGCUACCCCGAUGGCCGCUACCCAGUCAUCCCACUGCCUCCACCUCCACCCCCACCUCCACCACCGCCGCCUCCUUCCCUGCCUUAUCCUGGACCAUGGGUCCCAUCAUACCCAAGACAACCGGCACCGAAAAAUUUGGACCCAUUCCCAGGCAAAUUUCUUGGUAUGGGCACGGUGCGUUUCCUGAACGGAGGACGGGACGUCGAGCUAGUCUGCGACCUACACGGAGAUCAGCUGGUCUCGAACGUGGUGUGGGUGAAGGCAACGCAUCCGCGGGGCCAGCCGCCGGUCGCAUGGCGCCCUCCACCGCCCAGCUGCGGGCCGUGCUUCUGCCCCGUGCAGUACGGCUGUGUCUACCAGCAUCUGGACCUGGCCGACAGAAGAUUCUUUGCCGACACAAAGGGGCACCACGCCUCGCUGCACAUCUACGGGGUUUCGCCGGCGGACUAUGGUGUCUACCGCUGCAGUGCUACCAGCUCGCCUACGGGGUCGGCCGCGGCCAACACCGAGACGGUUUACCAAAUCGUUCAUUUCACCGGGUAGAAAGGUGCCUCGGCGCCCCACAGUGAUGCAUCACCACAGAUGUUCACGCGCGGUGUGCUUUCCGGGACUCUGGUAGUCAUUGUUAUUAGGAGGUUUUAUAACCGCUGAAGAUACGUUUAGCAUGUUUUUUAUUAUUAUUAGGCAUAGAAAAGUAGUUUGCACGUACUGAUGUACGCGCUUACUGAUGGAUCGCACCGCUUUGGGAUUGCACUGGAGGAGAUAUUCCGUAGAAACGCAGACAAAGAUAUCAGCUAAGUGCUAGGUAUUUGUACCCGUUCUAUGACGCUGAAAACGCGUACAUCUUCGACCACAUUACACGUUGCUUAGAAGUCCCCCCCCCCCCUUUUUUUCCGUCACGGGAGCCUCAUUCAAGGUGCAUUCCUCAUCAUCCGAAACAUCUUUGCUCUUAGACGUUCCUCUCUAUAUGUGUUUCUUUUUUAAUAUAUAUUUUUAAUGUGUUCCUGUUUUUGUUAUGUAUCGACCCACCCAAUUCUCGAUUCCAAAAAGCGUUUUGAGAACGAGCAGGAGCACCUGCUCGCUGCAGAGGCAAAUCUGCGCACCUACACACGUAUUACGUUAAAGAACGGUCGCGUUCCCAGUUGCAAUCUUAUGAAUAUACUUCUCUUCACACAUUACCUUUCAACGUGUUGACCUUUGAGACACGUGGGCUGUGCCGAUUCUGCGGCACGAACUGAGUGGAGCAACUUCGCUGCGACGAUGUUCUUUGAAACAAGAUGGUGCGACAAAUGUAUAUCAUUACUUUAAUAAAGGUAUUAACACGUUUAUCAAACCAAAUUAUUUAAUCCUAAUACCCGCUUUAAUUGGUGUACCCCAAAUCUCCCAGCCGUCUCUGGUUAGUCUUCUACUGUCCCCUCCGCCUACACCCAUUUACGUUUCCUCUACA